AUGUCCGGUUGCGUAGCGGAAAAAGGUACAACGGCCUAUUCACAAUCAGUAAGGACGACAGCAUCAUCUACAGAAUUGACUUCACCAUCGGAAUCGACAAUGGAAACAGACGGGAUUAUAACAACAACGAUGAAAGAUACAACGACACGUACAACCGAAUUCGAAACAACUAUAACGAUUUCAACCUCGACGAUCGCAACAAAUGAGCCGACGUCUGUAUACGAAAUACCAUCAUCCACUAUGCCAAUUACUCCAUCGAAAUCGACAAUGGAAACAGACGGGACGACGAUUAUAACAACGACACGUACAACCGAAUUCGAAACAACUAUAACGAUUUCAACCCCGACGAUCGCAACAAAUGAGCCGACGUCUAUAUACGAGAUACCACCACCCACUAUGCCAAUUACUCCCUCGGAAUCGACAAUGGAAACAGACGGGACGACGAUUAUAACAACGAUGAAAAAUACAACGACACGUACAACCGAAUUCGAAACAACUAUAACGAUUUCAACCCCGACGAUCGCAACAAAUGAGCCGACGUCUGUAUACGAAAUACCAUCACCCACUAUGCCAAUUACUCCAUCGGAAUCGACAAUGGAAACAGACGAGACGAUGAUUAUAACAACGACACGUACAACCGAAUUCGAAACAACUAUAACGAUUUCAACCCCGACGAUCGUAACAAAUGAGCCAACGUCUGUAUACGAAAUAUCAUCACCCACUCCGACAAUUACUCCAUCACAAAUAACAAGUACAACCGAAUCCGAAACAACUAUAACGAUUUUAAUCCCGACGACGAUCGCAAAUGAGCCGACGUCUGUAUAUGAAAUAUCAUCAUCCACUCAAACAAUUACUCCACAAAUGACCACAAGUACAACCGAAUCCGAAACAACGAUUUCAACCCCGAUGCCUCCAAAAUGCACUAAUUGUAAAAAAAAUACGACAAUAGAUUGUAUGAAAUAUAUCACUGUCAAAUUUGAUUAUAUCCUUAAAGAUAUUAAGACCGGGAUAACGUGCAUUCUGACUAACAUGAUGAUCCAAAUCAAUUUGCUAUACGCAAUGAAAGACUUUCAGAUAGGCAAUGUUACAUUAAUGGUUCCGAUGAAUGCAAAAAUAACGGGUACCUGCAAUGAAAAAAUAGCCAAGAUGACUUUGAGUUGGAAGGAAUCUGUCGAGAGUCCAGCAGACGGCGACAAUAAAGAAAAUAGAAUUACUUUUCAUUAUGCUCACAAUGAAACGAAAUUUUUCCUCGAUUUCAUUUCUAUCGAUGUGCAUUUGGAUAGCAAUAAUUUCCCGCGAGCACAAGAAACAGAUUGCACCGCUGAAACAAAUGCUAUCAAUAUGAUCGUUGGUGCAAUUUUUAUUGGUAUUAUUCUUAUUCCUAUUCUGAUUCUUGGCAAAUGGAAUUCGAGAAGGACUAACGAUAAGUAA